AUGCAGAAUUUAUUUGUGUGCGAGACGCUGAAAAGUGCGUCUCUCCUGGUCCUGCCCGGGGGAGUUGGGCUGUACGAGUGGACGGGAGAUCUUCUGCGGGUGGCAGGAUCCCCACAGAAAAAGGAGGUCCGGAUGGAGGAGAAAAAGUUGGAGGAUAACGUAUAUAUAGCAGAGAAGAGCGGCACUAAAAUCACUAUUUACGGGCACAUACAGGCAUAUCUUGUCCCUGUUCUCUCGGACUUCUACAUUCCCAUGCACAUGGAGUCGGUGGAAUUUUACGGGAAAAUGCAGGAGAUGCUUGGGGGGAGUGUAGCUGCUGGGAUUGAGACGUACUUUAACGAGUACAUUCGGGAGAAUUCUGUGCCCUUCUACCCGGUGCCUCUUACGACACUUUCUGGAGUGUUUCGGUACUACAACUUCAAGGAGUUCAAGAGCGCCCGGAGCAAGACGCAGUUGGUGCAGAAAAUACGGGUCGAUGAGGAGGCUCCAGAGGCAAAUCCCCGGACAGAAGAGGUUGUUAGGAGGCAGUUGGGGUCUCAGUACGGCCGCUUUAAGGAGGGUCUCCUGCGGGCCUUCGAGGACAGGGCUGUUUGGCCGAUAAAGGGCCUGGAGAAGUACUUUGCCAGUAACGAGGAAGUUUUCCAGUCGUGGAAGUGGUCUUCAGUGAAGAAUAUUCUCCCGUGCAUAGCGUAUACGUACUCGACGGGUCCGUGGAAGAAGCUCUGGAUUCGGUACGGGUACAGCCCCGUGAAGGACCCGGGGGCGUACAAGUACCAGGUGUACGUGUGGAAGAAUAUUUCGAAGGCUUUCGUGAUUAUGGAUAAGCCCGAGAUAUACCAGAAGAUUCGGGAGACGCCCGAGUUCACGAAAGACGUUUUUGAUGCUCGCACGGGGUUCCUCACGGAGAGUGCGAUGCGGUACAUGCACACGAAGUUCUCGGAGGUGAAAGUCCCAGAGCCAGAGAGAGUCGAGGGGGCACGGGACCUCUUUGACAACCUGGACUUCACAACACUCGAUGACUAG